AAAGGUAAAAUCAUUUCAUGAACUCAAACGGUGGUGAUGCGCCCAAAUUCUGGCCUCAUCCUUUAAUUGGAGGACAUCCCGCAGGACAGCAACUGGGCUCUGCCUUUUUUCAGGCAGCAACAUCUUCCAUUCAACCCACACCAUUUGACAGUUCCCCACUGCCCCUGGCACCCAGCCCUCCGGUACCAGGAACUAAAUAUCCUUGUCCAUUCCGCCAGCGGCCACUGCCUACGUAACCCGAGGCAGGUGAAAGCGCCUCACGCUGAGUUAGGAACCUCCGGGGGCGGGGCGUGGCGUGGCGUGGCGUGGCGUAGCGUAGCGUAGCGUUGGGGGAAACUUGGGCCUGCGGAUUGGGGUACCGGAAAGGGAGGGGUGGACCGCAGGCGCCGGACGUGACGUAAGCCGGAAGCGACUUUCCGCCGAGAAAUAGGGGCGCGUAUUUGGAAAUUGAUAGAAAAGAUAAUGCGAGCGAGCUGCUGUCAGCCUGGCCUAGUGAUCUGCUUCCGUUUCACCACAGAUUCAGUUAUUAAGCAUUUUUUUCUUUUUUUGGUUCUUUGCAACGUGAGCGGCAUUGGCUCAGUGAUUUCCGUGAGCAUCUCCACGAGAAAACAUUGCCUGGAUGAGGUGCGGUGGAAGCCAGGCAGCCCCUUCUAAUAGGCUAGGCUUGAGAAAGCGUGUACCUCUGCAUUUCCGAAAUUAACUCAGCGUGAUCGGCAAGAUUUUCCGGAGCAUCUGGUGUCAAGACACUCAUCACUAUUAAUUCGGAAAGAAAACACCGUUUUCCAGCAUUUCUUUUGGUGGAGAACUAAGCAACAGGAAAAAUGUCUAUUUUCCCUAAGAUAUCUUUGAGACCCGAGGUUGAAAACUAUCUUAAGGAAGGCUUUAUGAAUAAGGAGAUUGUGACGGCUUUAGGUAAACAAGAAGCAGAAAGGAAGUUUGAAACUUUGUUAAAACACCUGUCACAUCCUCCGUCGUUCACAACUGUCAGAGUGAAUACACAUUUAGCCUCAGUACAACAUGUGAAAAAUCUGUUACUUGAUGAACUUCAGAAGCAGUUUAACGGAUUAAGUGUUCCUAUUCUUCAACAUCCAGACCUUCAGGAUGUCUUACUUAUUCCUGUUAUUGGACCCAGGAAGAAUAUUAAAAAACAGCAGUGUGAAGCCAUUGUUGGAGCCCAGUGUGGCAAUGCAGUUUUAAGAGGAGCCCAUGUCUAUGCCCCAGGAAUUGUGUCAGCAUCAAAGUUUAUGAAAGCUGGAGAUGUUAUUUCUGUAUACUCUGAUAUUAAAGGAAAAUGUAAGAAAGGAGCCAGAGAAUUUGAUGGAACAAAAGUAUUUCUUGGAAAUGGGAUUUCUGAACUAAGCCGCAAGGAAAUCUUCAAUGGAUUACCUGAACUGAAAGGCAUGGGCAUAAGAAUGACAGAACCAGUAUAUCUCAGCCCUUCAUUUGACAAUGUACUGCCCCGUUACUUAUUUUUACAAAAUUUGCCAUCUGCCUUAGUAACUCAUGUACUAAAUCCUCAACCUGGAGAGAAGAUUCUAGACUUGUGUGCAGCACCUGGAGGGAAAACAACACACAUUGCAGCACUAAUGCAUGAUCAGGGAGAAGUUAUAGCACUGGAUAAAAUCUUCAGCAAAGUAGAAAAAAUAAAGCAGAAUGCCUUAUUGUUAGGGCUGAAUUCCAUCAGGGCAUUUUGUUUUGAUGGAACAAAGGCAGUUAAACUUGAUAUGGUGGAGGACACAGAAGGGGAACCUCCAUUUCUACCAGAAUCCUUUGACCGAAUUCUUCUGGAUGCACCCUGUAGUGGAAUGGGACAGAGACCAAAUAUGGCCUGUACUUGGUCUUUGAAGGAAUUGGCAUCAUAUCAGCCAUUACAGCGAAAACUCUUCACUGCAGCAGUUCAGCUGCUGAAGCCAGAGGGUGUGCUGGUGUAUAGCACAUGCACUAUAACACUGGCCGAAAAUGAAGAACAAGUUGCCUGGGCCCUGACAAAAUUUCCUUGCCUUCAGCUUCAGCCCCAGGAACCGCAGAUUGGAGGAGAAGGAAUGAGGGGAGCUGGCCUCUCAUGUGAACAAUUGAAACAGCUGCAGCGAUUUGAUCCAUCAGCUGUGCCAUUACCGGACACUGACAUGGACUCUCUCAGAGAGGCCAGAAGAGAAGACAUGUUGCAUCUGGCUAAUAAGGACUCUAUAGGUUUUUUUAUUGCAAAAUUUGUAAAAUGCAAAAGCACAUAGGAGAGGAUGGAUGCUCAGAAAUGAAAAUUCCAAACAUUUG